AUAUCCCAAGAAAUCGAAACACAACGCAAUGGGCUCUUCUUCUCCACUAACAAGGAGAAACAGAGCACCAACAUCCUCUGUUUUCUCUGUUUUUCUUAUCUUUCUCUGUUUCUUCCUCUUCUUUUUAGAUUUAUCAAACGCUCAAUCAUCGCCGGUUUUCGCCUGCGACGUAGCUGCAAACCCUUCUCUCGCCGCUUAUGGAUUCUGCAACACCGUUUUAAAGAUCGAAUACCGAGUGGCUGAUCUGGUCGCGAGGCUUACGUUGCAAGAAAAGAUUGGGUUUUUAGUGAGUAAAGCUAACGGCGUGACUCGUCUUGGGAUUCCGACGUAUGAAUGGUGGUCGGAAGCACUUCACGGCGUUUCUUACAUUGGACCCGGCACGCAUUUUUCCAGCCAAGUUCCCGGAGCUACGAGUUUCCCGCAGGUUAUACUCACCGCCGCUUCUUUCAACGUAUCUCUGUUUCAAGCCAUUGGCAAGGUUGUCUCGACGGAAGCGAGGGCAAUGUACAACGUGGGAUUAGCCGGACUAACGUAUUGGUCACCGAACGUGAACAUAUUCCGAGAUCCUAGAUGGGGAAGAGGACAAGAGACUCCAGGAGAAGAUCCAUUGCUCGCUAGCAAGUAUGCUUCAGGGUACGUUAAGGGUCUUCAAGAGACUGACGGUGGCGAUUCUAACCGUCUCAAAGUCGCUGCCUGCUGCAAACACUACACCGCUUACGAUGUCGAUAAUUGGAAAGGAGUAGAACGUUACAGUUUCAACGCCGUGGUGACUCAACAAGAUAUGGAUGAUACGUAUCAACCACCAUUCAAGAGUUGUGUGGUUGAUGGAAAUGUGGCAAGUGUUAUGUGUUCUUACAAUCAAGUUAACGGCAAACCGACAUGCGCUGAUCCGGAUCUGCUCUCUGGUGUUAUCCGCGGUGAAUGGAAGUUGAAUGGGUACAUUGUUUCAGAUUGUGAUUCAGUAGAUGUGUUGUAUAAGAACCAACACUAUACGAAAACUCCAGCAGAAGCUGCAGCCAUAUCUAUAUUGGCAGGUUUGGAUUUAAACUGUGGUUCGUUCUUGGGUCAACACACAGAGGAAGCGGUUAAGUCGGGUUUGGUAAACGAGGCAGCUAUUGAUAAAGCGAUUUCCAACAACUUUUUGACCCUUCUGCGUUUAGGAUUCUUUGAUGGUAAUCCAAAGAACCAGAUCUAUGGUGGGUUGGGUCCUACCGACGUUUGCACGUCUGCGAAUCAAGAACUAGCGGCAGACGCGGCAAGACAAGGCAUUGUUCUACUCAAGAAUACUGGAUGCUUACCGCUAACUCCUAGAUCGAUCAAAACGCUAGCCGUGAUUGGACCGAACGCGAAUGUCACCAAGACAAUGAUCGGAAACUACGAAGGCACGCCGUGCAAAUACACAACACCACUUCAAGGAUUAGCCGGAACGGUAUCAACAACAUAUCUACCAGGCUGCUCCAAUGUAGCUUGUGCGGUAGCGGAUGUAGCCGGCGCCACAAAACUAGCAGCAACAGCAGAUGUGACAGUGCUCAUGAUCGGUGCCGAUCAAUCAAUCGAGGCAGAGAGCCGAGACAGAGUCGACCUGAAUCUUCCCGGACAGCAACAAGAGCUAGUGAUCCAAGUAGCUAAAGCAGCAAAAGGACCGGUCUUGCUCGUCAUUAUGUCCGGUGGAGGUUUCGACAUUACAUUCGCUAAGAAUGACCCAAAGAUCGCCGGAAUAUUGUGGGUUGGUUAUCCCGGAGAAGCCGGUGGUAUCGCCAUUGCUGAUAUCAUCUUUGGCCGUUACAAUCCAAGUGGAAGAUUACCGAUGACUUGGUAUCCACAGUCGUAUGUAGAGAAAGUUCCGAUGACAAUUAUGAACAUGAGACCCGAUAAAUCAAAAGGGUAUCCGGGUCGGACUUACCGAUUCUACACCGGAGAAACAGUAUACGCCUUCGGAGAUGGACUCAGCUACACCAAAUUCAGUCAUAGCUUAGUCAAAGCUCCAAGUCUCGUUUCUCUCAGUCUUGAAGAGAAUCACGUUUGCCGAUCAUCGGAAUGUCAAUCGCUGGACGCAAUCGGACCGCAUUGCGAAAACGCUGUCUCCGGCGGAGGAUCGGCGUUUGAGGUUCAGAUAAAGGUACGAAACGGAGGAGAUAGAGAAGGAAUUCACACAGUGUUUCUAUUCACGACGCCGCCGGCGAUUCACGGAUCGCCGAGGAAGCAUUUGUUAGGGUUUGAGAAGAUUCGAUUGGGGAAGAUGGAAGAAGCGGUGGUUAGGUUUAAGGUAGAGGUGUGCAAAGAUCUGAGUGUUGUUGAUGAGAUUGGGAAGAAGAAGAUUGGUUUGGGAAAGCAUCUUCUUCAUGUCGGCGAUUUGAAACAUUCCUUAAGCAUUAGGAUCUGAUUCUUAUUUUUUUUUCUUUUUAUUUGAGGAAAAAAGAAUAUUAAUAUGC